CAUAUACCUCUACUAUAUUAUGUGAGAAAUAAAAGAAAUUCAUAAUUUGAUAUGCAUCCAGAUGAAUGCUCUUUUGCCCUCUGUUUACAAGACUGCUAGGAUAUCCUUUUAUGAAGGAGGCUGCCUUGGAUACUGACAUACAGCCACGGGCUCAAGAGCAACAGUAUACAAGACCCAACUUUGUCAUGAGCUCUUCUGUCCAGUUGGGUUGAUCUCAUAAAGAAGCUGAAGUCCUCAAAUGAUUGUGCUGAGCAUCCCUACACUAACAAGCAGAAGGGAAAACUUGCGAUGGCAGGACAGAAUCCCAGUGAGACUCCACCCCCAUCUCUAGUGUGUGUUCUGUGCCUUCAGGAUGAUAAUGAUGUGGAUAGACUUGGGGAGAAGCUGAAAAAAGGCAGUUUCUGUGUCCAUCAUUAUUGUCUAAUCUUUGCCAAUAAACUCAAGAGAAAGGGCAAGAAACGGCAAGGCUUUCAUGGCCACCUCUUUGCUGACAUAAGGAAGGAAGUAGAACGUGCUGCUAAGCAGGUCUGUUGUGUGUGUGGUGAAUAUGGAGCAGCCACCAGUUGUGGAGACAUAGGAAACUGCCAGAGGACUUUUCAUUUCCCCUGUGGCCAAAAGCAUGGCUUCAUAUCACAGUACUUUGACCCGUACAGAGCAUUCUGUUAUCAGCAUGGACCAACUCAAAGCCUCCCAUCAGGAGAGGAAGUAAUGGGGGAAGCUAGCUGUGUGAUCUGCUUUUCCUCCCUUGAGAUUUAUACAUCCUAUGAUGUUCUUCAGGCCCCAUGCUGUUACCGCUGGCUCCACAGAGCCUGUGUACAGAAAUACGCCUUCAGUGCUGGAUUGUUCUGCUUCAAAUGUCCCUUUUGUAACAAUCAGGACACAUUCCCUGAUGAAAUGAAGAGGAUGGGGAUCAAUAUUCCUAGGAGGAAGCCAUCAUGGGAGACUGAGCCAAAUGCCUUCAGUGACUUGUGUCUCCAGGAGCCCAGCUGCGAUGUGGAGAUUUGCCAGUGCCCAGAUGGAAGAGAUCAUUUCAGGGUCAGAAGCAAAUGGGCUUUGGUCCUGUGUGAAGAAUGUGGAGUAAAAGGGACCCACCGUCUCUGUUCAUCAUUAAAUGAGGAAUCCCCGUGGCUUUGCCAGGAAUGCAUGGAAACUCUCUGCAGGCAAAUUGAGGCUGCCACCCCAAGUGACCAGGUGGAUGUGGGAAUGGCCUCCACCAGCGAAGCCUGCAGGCAUGCACUGAAGAGGACGUUGCCUCCAGAGUGAAACAGGAAAAGUAGCAACAACAAUGCCAGGGCUGCCACAAGGAGACUGGGACCCUAGGAGGCUCCAGAGAUUUCCACAAAACUGGCUGGUCCCUUCGUCUCAGAUGGAUUUAGACAUGACAUUUGCUGAGGAAUCCUCCAAGCAUGUAGUGAUGUGGGCUUUGUUGCUAAAAGGAAGGUUGGGAUGUGGCUUCAGUUAUGAGGGGAGAAUGAAAGCUCCCUUGUCACAAUAAAAGACAACUGGUCACACUAUACUUCCCCACUUCCAGAAGAAGAGACUGUUCAAUGGGCACUCAGAAACCAAAGGUCUUCCACGCUACAUUGAGAGCCCAGUAUUACAGCCAGGACUUUUGAUACUAUGACUAUUAUUCUCACAAUCUUUCCUGUAGAACAUUUUCUAAUACAAUAUCAUAAAUGAAGCUGGACUUUAGCAGGUCACACCUUGAGAAAUACAUUAGCUUUGUGUCAUUGCUUGCUCACUUUGGGUAAGCCUGGCAGUGGGCCAGCCAAGUCAAAUUGAUGCUUGAACCUGGGAGCACCCAAGGGUGUGCCUGUCCUCAACUGGAAGGGAUAGAUGAGGUAGGCAACAGUGUUGUGAGAGGGACACCUGUGAUUUGAGCUUGGGUCCCUCUUUCCUCUAUAGAGUCAGCUCCACACCAAUGCUUCUAAGUUACAGUUUAUUAAAUUAUAAUAUAUAUACUAUCCUUAACCAGUAUAUAAAGGUAAAUAUCUCGGUAGGUAUCACCCAACAAAUAAAGGAAAACUUCUGGUAAGUAUUUCCAGUGAUAUCAUUCAACAACACUACAGGUAUACAGAUAAAUAUUUACAAAUGGUAAGCUAGGAACCACCUCCUGGGACCGCUUGUCCCAAUGAGCAGCCCACUUUGGGGAUGGCCUUCUCAACCCUGCGCCCUACAGAGGCCUGGUGCAACUGGUGAGUCCUCAGGAUGUCCGUGCGAGGAGGCGGAUACUCAGAUGGGUGGACCAGGUAAAUUAGGGUCAACAGGUAGUUCACAGGGAACCCAGAGGAACCAUUGGCAGAGUACAACCAGGUAGAAAAAAGGAAGCGGGGGGGAGGGGGCAAGGUGCGAGCAGGCA